CAGGAAUAACUCCUAAAAGUCAUCAACUUUUGACAUCCAGCUUUCUUAUAAGGUCGCCGAGGUUAUCGCCAAAAGAGCAUCCCCACCACGUCGGCUAAUCCACGGCUUUCAAGAAGCCCAAAUCAACCAAUCAGAAUUGUCUUAUUCCUGGUCGGCAAGCAAAGAGGCGAAUCAUUCAACAUCAACCAAGAAAGCUUCGCUCCGCCAACGCCGUCAACCACGCCCGCGCCAAUCUCCCCUCUUCAGGCUCUCUGAUAUCGUGCGAUCGAGGUUCACUCCUCUGCCGAAUCGUUCUUUCGCCCAAAAUGCUCUCUUCUACGCGGUCCGCGGCCUCAAUGGCCCUCCGAGCCAAGCCUACAACUGCCAUUGUUCCUUUCCGAACUACCGCUGCCGCCUUCACGACCAACUCUCGCCGCGAUGCGAGCGCCCUCCAGACUCACUCAGCAACUGGUCUAGGCAAGGUUCGCAGAGAGGUUCCGCUGCCCAGCGAGGUUGCUCCUAAGGGUGCUCUGCAGUAUGCGCUGACCACGCUUGAUGCCGUCACCAACUGGGCUCGUCAGUCCUCCCUUUGGCCCAUGACCUUCGGUCUGGCCUGCUGUGCCGUCGAGAUGAUGCAUCUUUCCACCCCCCGAUACGAUCAGGAUCGCCUCGGUAUCAUUUUCCGUGCUUCGCCACGACAGUCCGAUGUCAUGAUUGUUGCCGGUACUCUCACAAACAAGAUGGCUCCUGCUCUUCGACAGGUUUACGAUCAGAUGCCUGAUCCCCGCUGGGUUAUUUCCAUGGGUUCGUGUGCUAAUGGUGGCGGAUACUACCACUACAGCUACUCUGUCGUCCGAGAUAUGUGUGAUAGGGUAGUUCCUGUUGACGUAUAUGUACCGGGCUGUCCUCCUACGAGUGAAGCCUUGAUGUACGGAAUCUUCCAGCUCCAGCGGAAAAUGAGGAACACUCGCAUAACCCGACAUUGGUACAGAAAGUAAGGAUUCAAAGGCAGAGGAGUCGAUCAGGAAUCAAGAUCCAGCCAAAUUGCGUCAAGGCAGUACUUCCAAUGGAUCUAAUCA